CUCUCACCACAUUUCUCAUUUCUUCCUCUCGCUAGAGCUUUGCGUAUUCGUAAUGUCGUCCGCUUCAUGGCCUCCACAACUCAAAGAGUGGGUCGCCAAAUGCCUAGGUCAAAUGACAGAUACCAACAGAGUGGAAGCCCAAGAAGAAUUAAGAAAGGUAAUUGCUGAUGCUUUCGCGGCACAAACGCUCUGGACGACGGACUGGGCUGGGAUACAAUUGCAAAGUUUGCUCCCCAAGCAGCCUAUACUGAAGCGCAAGAGUAACGACCUGCCUACAUCCAACAAAAAGGCCAAGAAGUCUGCGCUCAAGCAAGCCUCAAAUCAUACUUCGGAUUUCAACAAUCCCACGGCCUUGAACCGACGUGCACAACGCUUCCAACGGGAACAUGAAAUAGAACGACAGAAGUCACUGGGUGGCAAUGCUUCUCUCAAAGCAAAUCAACAGUAUGCUCAUCUAAGCGACCGACCAACGACUCGCCCAUCUUCGCCUUAUGUCAACCCCGCUGAUGAUCCCGAUGCCGACCCAAACGUGAUUGACUGGGACCGGUACACAAUAGUUGGAAGCUCACAAGAGCUGUUCAAGGACUAUUUGAGGUUAACUUCGGAACCCAAACCGGAGCAAAUACGGCCUUACGCUGUCCUCCAACAAACUCUUUUGGAACUCAAGAAGCGGUGGCGAGAAAAAUGCUCAUAUAGUUGGAUAUGUAAUCAGUUCAAGAGUCUUCGACAGGAUCUAACGGUCCAGCGAAUAAAAAACGACUUUACCGUUCAAGUCUACGAAAUACACGCACGAAUGGCUCUGGAAAGCAACGAUAUGGUUGAGUUCAACCAAUGUCAAGCCACGUUGAAGACACUAUAUGAAUUAGGAAUACCGGGCAAACAAGAGGAAUUUACCGCUUACCGCAUCCUUAUGUUGCUGCAUGGUCGCAACAGAAGUGAAUUGAAUCUUUACGUAGGUCAGCUAACACCCCGACAGAAAUCAGAUUCCGCCGUCAGGCAUGCACUGGAUGUGCAGAAGUCUUUGGCUAUGGGGAACUACCAUGCUCUGUUCAAAUUGUACAUGAAUGCCCCGAAUAUGGGUGGAUACAUCAUGGAUCAUUUGAUAGGUCGAGAGCGGGCCAAGGCUCUUAUGAUCAUGACCAAAGCCUACAAAACUCUUCCCUUGAGUUUUAUACAUAGCGAACUCGCAUUUGAUGACAUUGAAUCCGCACGCGACUUUCUUACUGAACAUUCCUCGUCUUUUUUCACCAACCCCAAUAGUCCCGACACAGAGAAGAUUCUCGAUUGUAGGCCUGUCUUGCCCAAUCUGACCCAGGCUUACGAGGAGAAGUAUCGAAAAGUCGGCAUCAGGGGGGCAAUAUGAUUUUCCUUUUUCCAUCUCCUAUCAUUUAUCCUUAUUGCUUUCGACCUUUUUUUCCUUCGUCAUGGCAACAUCCCACUGGCAAUACUACCUUUCUAUUGCAGGCAUCACGCAUCAUUCGUCCAUGUCAAGAUAGUCAUGGCAGGUCUAUUAUUGUUGGGCGGUGACGAGUACGGUGUAAUAUCAUGCAUGUAUGCAGCAUUGCUUUGUAGAUAUGAAUGAAAAACAUCAAUCACGCAUUC